UCUCUUUAUUCUCUCUCCUUUAAAUGUGGCUCCCAGGUGAUAUUCCUUCCCAUCAAGGUUUCAAUCAAAGAAGUGAGAGAGAUACUAAAAAGUGCAAACCGACUUCAGUUUUGUUUUACACAAAAGCGUCUGAAAAAUCAAGAGUGAGAGAUGUCGGAUAUUGCUAUGUUGGUGGCGGAGGAGUAUGAGAGGAGGGUGAAGAAUGCAAGGCAAGCUGGUGGUGCUGAAAGUGGGUUUGAGAUUGACCUUUCUUCUUGUGCUUCUGUCUUGGCUCGGAGCCUCAAGAUGAAGAUUGCUGGACUGGGGAAAUUGGAGCUUCUUGACUGGGUUCGGGAGCCCAGAUCCCAGAUUAGUCUUGCUGCUUCUACUGGUUUCUUCUCUGCUUAAAUUUCCCUUUCUUUUGAAAAAUAAAAAUAAAAUGUCUUUUUCUCAAAGAUCAUCUGUACAUGAAUUCCAAUUUCCUUGCUUCUGUACAUCUUUAUAUUAUAAUCGAAGCCCGAAAAGGGUUCGUUGCUGA